AUGGCACCAGAAGCAGACCGAUCGCCCUACUAUGAUAUUGUCAUUGUCGGAGCCGGGCCAGUUGGCCUCAUGCUCUCAACCUGUCUUGCCCGCUGGGGUUACAAGAUAAAGCACAUCGACAACAGAGCCGAGCCAACACCGACAGGUCGAGCUGACGGUAUCCAACCACGUUCGCUGGAUCUUCUCCGCAACAUGGGCCUCAAGUCUGACAUCAUGGCUCACCACCCUGCCCGCGUGUACGAGGUUGCUUUCUGGGACCCUCCUUCGUCAGGACGCGGCAUUGUCCGGACAGGGACAUGGGCGAGUUGCCCCGACUUUAUCGACGCUCGCUACCCCUUCACAACCUUGCUUCACCAAGGUCUGAUUGAACGGGUCUUUAUCGCAGACUUGGAGAAGAAUGGGGUGCAAAUUCAGCGUCCAUGGACCAUCAAGGGUUUCACAUCGGAUGAGCAGAAAAACCCCGAGUACCCUGUUACCGUCGAGCUGGAACAUGUGGACGGAACAGCCCAGGAGACUCUGCAUGCCAAGUACCUCUUUGGUGGCGAGGGUGCGAGGUCGUUCAUCAGAAACCAGCUUGGCAUUGCAGUUCAGCACAAGGACCCCAUUGCGUAUGUCUGGGGAGUCAUGGACGGUGUUGUGAUAACCGACUUUCCUGACAUCAAGAUGAAAUGCACAAUCCACAGCGAGCACGGUUCUAUCAUGGUGAUCCCCCGGGAGAACAACAUGGUUCGCCUCUACAUUCAGAUCGCCUCCUCGACAGACCCAGACUGGAACCCCAGGCGAACAGCUACCGAAGAACAAGUGCAAGAAUCAGCCAAGAAGAUCAUGCAGCCAUACUCCAUUGAGUGGGAACGCGUGGAAUGGUACUCAGUCUAUCCUAUCGGCCAAGGCAUCUCGGAUCGAUACACACUAGACCAGCGCGUUUUUCUUGGAGGCGAUGCUUGCCAUACCCAUAGCCCCAAGGCUGGCCAAGGCAUGAACACUGCCUUCCUCGAUGCCCAGAACCUCGCCUGGAAGAUCCAUGCUGUCGAAUCUGGCUUCGCAGAUAAGGAGAUCUUGAAGACCUAUGAGACGGAGCGCAAGCAUGUCGCCGAGUCCUUGCUCGAUUUCGAUAACCGAUAUGCCAAGCUGUUCUCGCAACGGCCUCCGGCGGCCGAUGAAGUGCACGCAGCCUCAGCCAACCAUGGCAGUAACCAAGAGGGCCAAGAUAACGACUUUAUCAAGACGUUCAAAGAGUCGUGCGAGUUUACGAGCGGUUACGGAGUGUACUACAAGCCCAAUGCCCUGAACUGGUCGCCCGAGCACGCAGUGCAAUCGCCAUUGGUUCACCCGAAGGGCACCAAGCUACGGACGGGACGUCUCUUCAUCAACUCGAACGUGACAAGAGUGGUUGAUGCCAAUGUUGUGCAUCUGGAACAGGAAGUCCCGCUGAACGGCGCCUUUCGAAUCUUUGUCUUUGCAGGUGUUCCCGAGAAGACGCGCCAGGCACUCCAGGACUUUGCCAACAACCUCGGAAGCCAGCGAUCCUUCUACGCAACGUACCAGCGACCGGACCUGGACAAGGUCUCCUAUCACGAGAAGCAUCUCCCUCAUAGCCGCUUUUUUACGCUGUGCACGAUUUUUGCUUCCAAGCGGACCGGCAUCGAGAUCUCACGCGACGUGCCUGGAGUUCUUGCUCGAUACCGAGACCACAUUUACGCCGACGACCGAUCGGACUCCCGGCUACCGAAUGCGAAGGCUGAGGCACAUGCCAAGAUGGGUUUGGAUGAGGAGCGCGGCGGAGUGGUAGUGGUCAGGCCGGAUGGCUAUGUAGGCAUCGUGGUUAGCCUCGUCGAGGGCAGCGGGACCGUGGACGCACUGAACGAGUAUUUCUCGUCUUUCUGCACGAAGAAGCUGGGACAGACGAUGGCGCAACUGUAA